AUCGCUUGAAAAACCGCAAUGACAGGCACACGGCAUGCAUGCAGCAUGUUCCGUAGGACGGAGGGCACGACAUGACUGUAUCCCCUACAUAGUGUAGGGAAUCUAUUUAUGGGCCUGAGACGGGAACGGGGAGGGACAAUUGACAUGAGGGGUGCCAAUGGGAUUGGUGGACCAGAAGGAUUUGAUGAACGAGGCGCGCCUGGUGAAUACAUUGAUAUAGGCGUUAGUGAAUAUAUUGAUAUACAAGGCGUCUACGUAGUAAUCACAGACGAUAUACAAGGCGUGUCCUGCUCCACCCUACUCAAUGGCUCUCCACUAGUAGGGCGUGUCUGGCUGAUAUCCGCCCUAUCGGCACAAGACGCACGUACGUAUGCUGGUGGUAGCGGCGGCGCUGAGCUGAAAAAUCUGGCCUGCUGUUGCCGUUGUUGGUGGCCCAAGAUAGAAAAUGGGGUUUGUAAUAGUAAAAUGCGCCGAGUGGAUCGCCUAAUGCUGUUGGUGACAUUGAGUAGCGCAUCGUGUGGGGUCCUCGGUGGGUUAAGUCUAUCAAUUAGAUACGAGAACCAGAAUAAGACGGAACAAGGACAUCUUAUGCCGCCCACGAAGAAAGAAUGCAGACUGAGAAGUAAGAAUGCCGCCGGCCAAAUCGUAGCGCCUAGGAUGCGAGAAGCCAGGGCCAGCUAG